UCAGAUCGGAUCAAAAUUUAAAAAAUAAGUAAAAAUUUAUAAAUAUGUUAAAAAAUUUUUAUUUUAUUUUUUCUUCAGUGUCUUUUUUAUCGGACCAAAUUUAUCAAUAUGACGAAUAAUUUUGAUAUAAAAUUACAAACUACGUCAUCAAAAGAGCUUAUAUACAAAUAUAAGCAAACGGCAUUAAAGGACAUUGGAAUCGUGACUACCUUGAUAAUGGCUUUUAGAACUCUUGGUGUGAUUUAUGGAGAUAUUGGUACAUCCCCUUUAUACGUGUAUACGGCAAUUUUUCCAGAUGUACCUAAUGAUAACCGUGACAUCGUUGGUGCUUGUUCUCUGAUUAUUUGGUCAUUGACUAUCAUUCCCAUGAUCAAGUAUAUUUUUAUCGUUUUGAGAGCAGAUGAUAAUGGACAGGGUGGUACUUUUGCUCUUUAUUCCUUGUUGUUUAGAAAUUCAGGUCUAAGUGUUCACGAUGAGCAAAGACCUGACGAUCUUACAAUCGUAAACUACGAGUCCAUGUCAACUCAUAGUACUAAGGAAUAUCAGAAUUUUAUAAAACGCCACAAAUUUGUACAAAAUUUUUUGACAAUCGUCGUUUUACUUGGUGCAUCAUUAAUCAUGAGUGAUGGUUUGUUAACUCCAGCUAUAUCUGUAAUAUCCGCAGUAGAGGGAAUUGCAGUUGCAUCUCCACCAACACAUGGAGCUAUUGUUUACAUUAGCUGCGGAAUUCUUAUUGUAUUGUUUGCGGUUCAACGAUUUGGCACAAAUAAAGUAGGAGGUUUAUUUGCUCCAAUCGUUUUCUUAUGGUUCGUGGCAAUCGCAUCUAUUGGAAUAUGGAAUAUUACGUUCGAUCCAAAAAUUUUGAGAGCGUUCAAUCCAUACUAUAUAUUUGAUUAUUUUAUUCGUAAUAAGGGAACGGGAUUCGAAGCUCUCGGUGGAGUUUUGCUAUCCAUAACAGGAGUUGAAGCUUUAUAUGCUGAUUUAGGCCACUUCAAUCGCGUUGCUAUCCAACUUUCUUUUCCACUAAUUGUUUAUCCUUCUUUAGUUUUGGCUUAUCUUGGGCAAGCCGCUCGUUUAACUUUGGAUAAUACACUUGUUUCAAACACAUUUUAUAAUACAAUACCGAACAACCCUUUUAUUUAUUGGGUCACUUUUGUCCUAGCAACUUUAGCGACAAUCAUUGCUUCUCAAGCGAUGAUUUCUGCCACAUUCUCAUUAAUAAGUCAGGCAAUGCAAUUAGAUUCUUUCCCAAGAGUCAAAAUUGUACACACUUCAAAGAAAAUUGAAGGACAAGUUUAUAUUCCUGAGAUUAAUUACAUCCUUAUGGUUGCUGUUGUGAUAGUUUGCUUCGCUUUCCAAGAAUCCGCUAAAUUAACUAUCGCUUACGGUGUCGCAGUUGCUUCGGUGAUGUUUAUUACAACAAUUCUCUUAUCUAUAACAAUCCACGUUGUUUGGGGAUUUCCGAUUAUAGUUUCUAUUGUUUUCUUCUUGAUUUUUGGUGUAAUUGAUAUGGCAUUUUUGAGUUCUACUCUUCUUAAAGUUCGUAACGGUGGUUGGUUUACAUUAACAUUUGGGGUAAUUCUUACCAGUGUUAUGUUGAUUUGGAGAUGGGGCACAAAUCUUAAAUAUCAACAUGAGCUCGAUUCAAAGUCAACCUUUGAAAACAUUUUUGCCGAUCCUGAUGACAAAUCAGAUAACGAAAAAUCUAUUUCAGAACUUGGAAAUGAUGAUGAAAUUAUAAUAAGAAAUCCAGUAUCUUCAAUCGAACCUAAAAAACUAAAAAGUGGUGAACUUCAACUUUCAAAUAAUGGAUAUCAAGUUAGUAGAUUGCCGGGAAUUGGAAUGUUUUAUAAUGGAGCAGGAUAUGGUGUUCCCCUUACGUUUAAACAUUUUGUACAUCAUUUUCCUGCGGUACCAAAAAUUCUCAUAUUCAUCAGUAUACGUCAUCUUGCAAUUCCUUUUGUUGGCGAUGAUGAUCGUUUAAUUGUGAAAAAAGUUCGUUAUAACGGUUGUUAUCGUAUAAUUGCACGUUAUGGUUAUAUGGAAGUUGUUUCUCAAGGAGAGGAAUUUAUAACGAAAAUGAUUCAAGAAAUUCGUAAAAUCGAUCCAAAUAGUGAAGAUUUAUCAGAAAGCUCAAAUCCUGGAAAUCAUGUAACUUAUAUCCUUGAUCGACAAUCUCUUCAACCUAAACCAAGUGCUUUUUAUGGGAAAAAGGUUUUAAUUAACUGUUACGUCUUCAUGGAAAAUAUUUCAAGAGAAUUAUAUGGAAAUUGGAAUAUUCCAAUUAAUGAUGUUGUUGAUGUAGGUAUGAAAAUUGCUGUAUGACAAAAAAAGUCAUUUAAAUUGACCUUAAGUAAUUAUGAAUUAGUUGUAAUAUUUUUUUGUAAAUUUUUAUUAAUUAUAUUAACUAAAAUUAACAAAUUAUUUAUCAAAAUAAAAUUUUAUCAUGUUUUUAUG